GGCGGGGCUACAGGGACUGUUUUUACCUCAAGUAGGCUCGCGGUGUUUCGGGUUUAGUGAAUGAAAACCUCUGGCCUUUACCAGAGGCUGCUCCCACAACAAAGCCUGGUUUGUUGGGCCUUCCUGUAGGGGGAGGCCGAGUCUUUCCUCACUGGCCUGAGUGAAAUCCGCCCCACGACCUCAUGGUAGAUGGAGUCUUUGCUGUGGUGGGAGUCGUAGUUCCUCCGUCUACCUCGGAGCGGACGGACUACAUUUCCCAGAAGGCUUCGAGACAGCCGGCGGCUAGGGGGCGGUGCCUCCCAUCGGUACAGUCAUCCUUCUGCCUGCUCGGCGGGACUGAUGGCCGGAGAGAUGACGAUUUUAGGUUCAGCUGUUUUGACUCUCCUGUUGGCUGGUUACUUGGCACAACAGUAUUUACCAUUGCCUACGCCAAAGGUGAUUGGUAUUGACCUGGGUACCACCUAUUGUUCGGUGGGUGUAUUUUUUCCUGGAACAGGAAAAGUAAAGGUGAUUCCGGAUGAAAACGGGCAUAUCAGCAUCCCCAGCAUGGUGUCCUUCACGGAUGGUGAUGUGUAUGUGGGCUAUGAAAGCCUAGAGCUGGCAGAUUCAAAUCCUCAGAACACAAUAUAUGAUGCCAAACGGUUCAUAGGGAAGAUCUUCACCCCCGAGGAGUUGGAGGCUGAAGUUGGCAGAUACCCAUUUAAGGUUUUACACAAAAAUGGAAUGGCUGAGUUUUCUGUGACAAGUAACAAAACCAUCACUGUUUCUCCGGAGUAUGUCGGCUCUCGAUUGUUGCUGAAGCUAAAGGAAAUGGCAGAGGAAUACCUGGGCAUGCCAGUUGCCAAUGCUGUCAUUUCUGUGCCAGCAGAAUUUGACCUACAACAGAGAAAUUCAACAAUCCAAGCUGCCAACCUUGCUGGACUGAAGAUCUUGAGGGUGAUAAAUGAACCGACAGCAGCAGCUAUGGCCUAUGGUCUCCAUAAGGUUGAUGUUUUCUACGUGUUGGUCAUAGACUUGGGUGGAGGAACUCUUGAUGUGUCAUUACUGAAUAAACAAGGAGGGAUGUUUCUAACACGAGCAAUGUCUGGAAACAACAAGCUUGGAGGACAAGAUUUCAAUCAAAGGCUGCUUCAGUAUUUAUAUAAAGAGAUCUAUCAAACGUACGGCUUUCUCCCUUCCAGGAAAGAGGAAAUCCACAGAUUAAGACAAGCGGUGGAAAUGGUCAAGCUAAACUUGACACUUCAUCAGUCUGCCCAUGUAUCAGUUUUACUCACUAUUGAGGGAAAAGACAGCAAAAAACCUCAGAAUGGUGACUCUGAGCUGCCAGAAGACCAGCUUACCCCAGGGGAUGGUCACCAAGUGAACAGAGUGUUUAGACCUGGCCUUUCAGAAAGCAAGAGUGGAAAAAGUCAGGUUUUAUUUGAGACGGAAGUAUCCCGCAAGCUCUUUGAUACCCUCAAUGAAGAUCUCUUUCAGAAAAUACUCGUACCCAUUCAGCAAGUAUUAAAAGAAGGCCAUGUAGACAAGACUGAAAUUGAUGAGGUCGUUCUGGUUGGGGGUUCUACUCGUAUUCCUCGGAUCCGCCAAGUUAUUCAGGAGUUCUUUGGAAAGGACCCGAACACGUCUGUAGACCCUGACCUGGCAGUGGUGACUGGAGUGGCCAUCCAAGCUGGGAUUGAUGGAGGUUCCUGGCCUCUCCAAGUUAGUGCUUUAGAAAUUCCCAAUAAGCAUUUACAGAAAACCAACUUCAACUGAAUGCAGGAGUGCUGGUAACUGAUCUUGUCUAGUGGUGUUAAUGAGCUCCAUGUGAAGCCUCCAGAAAAGAAGUCUGUGAAGUCACUCACGGAUUCUCAAGAGGACAUUUAUACAAAACAACUUUACAUAGUGUUUUGUUUUAAACUUGAGUAUGACCAGAUGAGUCUUAAUUGGGUUUGUAAAAAAAAAACAAAACUCAGUAUUUCUAAAGUAACAGAGUUGAGUAAAACUCUCCUGGAUUCUGGAAGUAGGUAGCCAUUCGUACUUACUAGUCUGGAAACUUUAAAUAGUGCCAACCAUGAGGCCCAAGUUCUUACUGAAUUUUAUUAGUAGGGGCUGAUAAUUUCUUUAUUUGAUUUUCACAAAGAACUCUUAAGGACUUGAAGGACUGUUAUGUCAGGUGUUUACAUUGGCUGGGAGAUAGUAUUAUUAAACUGCAUGGAUAGUAUUCUUCAACUGCCAUGUGAUUUGUACUUUCAAAAAUCCACUAUCUUUUUACGUUACAUUCUCUUAAUCCACAGAUUUUAAUAUAUUUGGAAGACCAGUUUUUCUUCCCAAAGUAGCUAAAGAUGUAUUCAUAUUUCUUUCUGCCAGACAGUAGACAUGCCCUAUCUAUACUGUAGUCCUUUUAUCUUCAGGGCAUCGUUUUCUGCUUGUAUUUUCACACUUCUGCUUUGUAAGAAUAAAGACAGUAGAGAGUUACUGGUUGCCUUUUCAAAGGGAGAUGGCUCUCCCUCUGUUUUUGCUAUCCAAGACCAUUGGAUGUUUGUAGCAGCUGUUUGGUUUUGGUUAUGUUGUUUCCCCUUUUCCCAGGACCAAACCUAGAAGUGCAAGACUAUAGUCCAAGUGCUCUAGAUAUUGAGGCAAGAGGCUCACAAGUUCAAGGCUGGUCUGAGCUACCCAGGAAGUCCUAGACAAAUUGUGGUAACUUAGUGAGAUCCUUUCCCUGUCUCAAAAACCAAGAGAGAGGGAGAUCGGGAGGGGAGGAGAGAAGAAGAAAGCAAGCCAGAUGGCCACAAGGGCCAGUGAAGAAAAUACUGUAUGUUGACUUUGUGAUGCCCAUGUUAUUGGAAGAUAUAUGUCUUUUUUUUUUUUUUUUUUGCUUUAAUGAAAGUAUUCUCAUCCAAGAAUUAUAUCCUGGCUAUCUUAUUCAGAUAAAGUAUAUCCUGUUUAUCAGUGUUGUAAUAACUAAAAAAGAGAACUAAAACUUUGAUCAAGAUCAAGCACUUCAGCUUCCCAGAGUGUAAUGCUGACGGGUGUUAGUUUUUUGGUUUUGGUUUUGCAGCUUUGCAAUUUUUUUUUUUUUUUUUUUUUUUUUUUUUUUUUUUUUUUUUUUUUUUUUUGCUCAGUAAUGAAGUUGCAGUUAAAUAACAGUCAUUUUCACGCACCAAAGCGCGUGCAUUAGGUAGACAGGAAAACAUAAAAUGCCGUGCUUUUAUUUUAGAACUAAUGGAGAAAUGCCAAAGAUGAGCCCUUCACAGCAUUAUGAUAAUGUUCAAGACUGUGAGUCUUUGAUUCUGGAUUGAAAAACAUCUGUGAACGUGUUUGCGACUCGAGUAUUCGAGUCUCAGAUGGGCUACCGUCUCCACGUGUGCUUUGAAUUCUAUGUUAGCCAUUUAGGAUUAUAAACAGCAAACUUGAAUUUCUCAGAUACAUGACAGAACUCAAGACACGGACAAAACCAAUUUGCAGAAUGGAGCAGAUAAACAAUACUAAAAUGGGAAGGUAAAUUAUUUUUAUGAAAAAACAGAAUGGUAGACUUGGAGGUGGGAUUAAGUAGUUAGCACCCCUUUCUCUAGUAGUUGCAAUGUUAAAAACAUGAAGGAAAUGGUUUUCAGUCAUAUGAUGGUCACGUGUACCUAAUCCUGACACUGGUACAAAUGAAUCCUGAAAGGGGCCAUUUGUUAAAAUCUGAGAUCAUUUUUCAUAAGUAGGUAACUUUUAAAAAUACUAAGUACUAUGUAAUUUAUUUUGUAUCAAUGUUUUGGUACUAUGUUUUCACUCAAACCACUCAUCAGAUACCACUGUGUAUAAUAUGAAUUCAAUAUGACAGUUACUAUAUAGAACAGAUUGUGCCUCUUAAAUAUGCGUGUACAGGUAAUUCACAUUUUGUUGUAAAUGCAUACCAUUUGCAGUUUUGCUUUUUAAACUGUAUACUUUAUUUUCCACCCAGGACUAGCUUGGAGUAUAUUUUUGGUGUAUAUAAAUACAAAAAGAGAGAGAGUCAAUAUGCUUACAGACCUUCACUAGCAAGUGAUGUAAUUUCAGAAGUGUCACAUCUUCCUGCAUCCUAUGUCUCCUGGCAUUUCUGCUAUGUUUUCUGCAUAGUUCUAACUUAGAAGAGCUAGUUCUUAUGUGAACAGUUUCUUUAGAACUCUGAUUAACAAGCUAUAGCUUGUAACCAGUUCAGUGCUGACUUGAUCCACAGAGUUAAUGAGUCUGCGUGUCCCCCAACUGUGAUCUUUUCAGUGGACAGUUAAUACUUAAUAUUAUUUUCUAAUAAAGUCUGUGUUAUUCUUUUGGACAAA